GCGGUGCGGGUGGUCGCGGUGAUUCCCACUAUCCAUGGUAUUUUGCACGUACACAGGAGAAGUGUCUUCAUCAGUGUAUUUUCAUCGCAAAGAAACAAAGAAUGCUGAAUUAAGUCUGGUUCUAAGUCAAAAAACUGCAUAAAGUAUACUUGAAGAGCAUCAAACAUGCCUUUGGAACCAGAGAAACCACAGGAAGGGAACGGGGAGGAAGAUCCAGUGAGUACACAUCCUAGUGGGCAGAGGGACUCAGAAGCCGAGAAUCUACAUCAUCAAAUGAGACCAGGCACUGAAAUCGCCUGCAGUGGAAACACUCUUCCUUCUGUUUCCCCCAAUCUGAUAUCAGUAGAGGAAUUAAUUGAGGCAGAAAAAGGGGUUUACAACAUGGCUCUAGCCCAUGAGAUCGUGGUUGAUGAAAGUUUCAUAAUGAAACAGCGGGAUUUACCAGAGAGCAGUUUUGAGAAGACAAUUGAAGAAAUUAUGAAGAAAGCCUUUUGGGAUUGUUUACAAGCCCAGCUAAAUGAGGAUCCACCUGUUUACGACCAUGCAAUCAAGCUCCUAUCUGAGAUUAAAGAGACUCUACUCUCAUUCUUGCUGCCUGGUCACACCAGGUUGAGGAACCAAAUCAAUGAAGUUCUGGAUCUGGAUCUCAUCAAGCAGGAGGCUGAGAAUGGUGCAUUGAACAUCCCCAAACUAGCUGACUUCAUUAUUGGGAUGAUGGGGACUCUCUGUGCCCCUAUCAGGGAUGAAGACAUCAAGCUCAUCAGGAACAUUGUAGACGUGGUUAAGUUAUUCAGGGAGAUUUUUGGUGUGCUGGAUUUAAUGAAGCUCGACAUGGUGAAUUUUGCCAUUAGCAGUAUCCGACCACAUUUAAUGAAACAAUCUGUUGAUUACGAGCGAAAGUGCUUCCAGGAAUUCUUUGACAAGCAACACGGUUCCCUGGAGUUAGCUACAGAAUGGUUGCAAGAGACAGCAAGUGAACUCCUGAGUUCUGCUGACUCCGUGCUUGAUGGAGCCACAGCUGGUGCCACAGACGUAUCGGCAUUGUGCCCUAUCUCAGUGUUAAACCACGCGUAUGUUAAAUUACUGCAAUGGGAUCAUGCCAGCAGACUCUUCCCAGAGCCUGUGCUGAUGGACCAACCCCGCUUCAAGGAGAUGCAGCAGGAGCUGAAUCAGUUGACCAUCAUUGCAGCCGUGUUGCUAGUCAUAUACAACAUGACCGGCGCUGCCAUAUCAGGACUCUCUGGCUUUCUGGACAGACUGAAGGGCAUUAUUAAAGCCUUAUUGACAGGCAUGCAUUCUCAUUCUUUUCAUCUCGCUGAGACCAUGACCAGUGUGAGUGAACAGAUCUGUGUGGAAGUUAAUAAAUGCUUAUCUCAGCACGGUUUCUCACUACUACCCACUGAGAAAGAGGCGGUAUUGAAAGGUCAAAUCCAGGCCAUAUCUAGUUUGGAUAACUCUGUUCGAAAAUUAAUAGAUUUACGGAUCCAGGCUUUUCUGAAGGUGCAUCUCGCGUCGAGCAAUCCCAAAUCAGUCACCGUCCCUGGAGGACUUGCCCCCAUUAGAAGAGAGUUGGAGGAGAUUACUAUCCGAUUCCUUCACCUUGUAAACUAUAACAAGUUGGUCUUCAAUCCUUAUUACGACACCAUCUUGGCUAAAGUGCUCCAAAGGAAUGAAACACUGCCUCCAGGGACAAGUGAGACAGAACAAUGAACAUAAUAUAUUAAAGUAUUUCACAUUUGUACAAGAUCUUUGCAUUUGUGUGCGUCUCCAUAUGUUUUAAGGAGAAACCAAGCUGGUUUCAUUCUCCUUUUGUUUUGGGGAGGGAAGAUUGUGAUAAUGCUUUGGGAUAAUGUGAGGUUGGUGGGGAGUAGGACGAGGGUCCUUAAAUUAAAGCCAUUUGGCCAUUGCCCUUUGUAUACAAUAUUUGUGCUAUUAAGCAAAGAUAAAAUUCACUUAUGGUAAAACAAUAAUCUUGCAUUAUAUUUGAAUAAUUCUUCACCAAAAUCUGUCGUCUCCUUGUUAUCUUCCCCAACCCUAAAACUGAGAUGAAAGCACCUUGAGGCUCUUUACAACCAGAGGCACAAUGCAACUGCAGUCAUUGGAUAAAGUCCAAAAUUAGAUGCCCUUGUCAAUAGGCGUGCACACAGCUGACCAUCAUGAAUGGAAUUCUAGUUGGUAUCAAUUAAUUAAUAAAAGGAUGACCCAUGGCACCAAACAAUGCUCAUGGUCUGUUGAUACCGCAAAGCAUUGGUAAUAGUGUAAGUGACCCACUGGACCUCUCUGGCAAUCCUUGUAUCUUUGAUGAAUGCUGAUUCUCAUCAGUACGGUCCAUGAGCAUGAACCCAAUCUCUGCUUGUUCACUGCUCGAUAAACUAAACCCCCUUUUUUAAAUGCAUCUCUUUAGACUGUAAUCAGUGGAAAACCUCUCUACAGCAAAAAGGAUGUCCUUGAUGUUUUAGACUGUUGUGUGCUUACUUUUAGAAUGCAACUGUAGCUCUUCAAACCUUUGUUGCAGUCCCAAUAUUGAUUCUGCAUUCCAGUUUAACCAACUCACCAUAAACUACCUAGCUUUGCAACCACUUUGUCAACUAUAGACCAAAUCUAAUCUGUUAUUUAUUAUAUGAAAAACGGAAGAGCACUUAGAGAAACUUCUUAUGCCCAUUUAGAAGCAUCAAAUGAUAUUCCCGUAUGCUUCCGCCCAACUGGGUUUGUUCAGAUGCAGCCACAUGUUUUAUACUGUAGCAAAUGACCAUCAUACAGUGGAUCACUUUUGGAAACUAAAUUUGUGUUGGGAGUUGGAACCACUAGAGGUUUACAGAUGAGGAUAAUGCUUGAAUUUGCUGCACUGUAAACUCAUUGAAUUGAUAAAUACAUCAUCUUAAAAUGAGAGCAUUUAUGUCACUCGGAGACAACGAGAUCCUCAGUGUUUUUCCACUGUUGGCUAUGAUUUAAUUUAAUAUUAGAGCUUUCUUGCUGAGCAUUAUGCUUGCGUCUUGUGUAAUGUAUUGUACUGACUGCAAGUUGGACUUUACUGGUGUAAAUACUAAUAACUUAUUUUGUAAAACUUGAGAAUGGUGCUUUUUUUUUUCAGCUGCAUGUUUCCAGAAUUUUGCAGUAGUAAUAAUGUAUAGUAUUUAAACAAAAACAUGCAAACCUAUGUAUCCUGGUAAAAUAAAGGUGCAUCAAGUGACAGUA